AUGUCUAGCAACCCCACAGCAACAGAGCCGUCAGCGGCGGUGAGAGACUAUGAGGAUAGAUCCUCGCAGGGUACACAGUUCGUGAUGGAGGCGGCUUCAGCAGAACAGGAGGCCAUGGUUAGAGAUAGGGCUAAUCAGUUGCAGAGGGCUAUAUCAUAUUAUGUACAGGCUAGUAAUAGGCUUUCGGAGGCAUUGGCCGUGUUGCCGCUCCAUCAUCCGGAUUUGGAGGCUAUUAGGCAGCAUAAGUCGGAAGUCGAUGCACGAGCCAACUACCUCCGCGAUACCCUCGAUUCUGGAGUGGAUACAGCAGGCGUUCCAUUAGAACAGCAUAUACAUCCGGUAUCUUUAACCAUGACCAGCACUGAGCCAGUAGCGCCUGGUGCUCAUCGAGAGGCGACUAAGGGAGCUGCUAUGGGAGGAGCAGCUGCCAUAGGGGGAUUGGGAGGUCUCCUCUUGCUUGGUACCGAAAGG